AUGUGCGUGUAACAUCCUCUUGACAUAAAAAAAUUUGUGUAGCAGGCGUUUUUUUGGUGUACACGUUAACAAGUAAACAUGACGUUGAUCCAGUAAUACAUUUACUAAAUUAUAGGUUGAUGCUGAAUUUAUUUGUUUGCUUAGAAAUUACUACAAAUCUGUUGAAAGCGAAAGCAUCAAGUUAAAUCAAGGUUUUCGUUUGUGCCAUUAUGGCGUCAUUUGCUGCGGUACAUUAUGCAGGCAAAUAUCUACAGUUUGGUUACGAAUUACAAGACAGAUGUCAGAAGCUGAAACACGUAGAAGGGGCUAAGAAGCUAGAGAGGAAAAUUAUUGCAGAGAUUAAGUUUUUGAAAACGCUACAGAAGUGCGGUGUUGAGAUCCACGAGAGUCAUGUGAGAAGCAGUAACCUCGGCCACUAUGCAGCUGUACUGCAUGCCACCGAGAACUUCCCUGGCGUCGUCCACAUCCUCAAACCAUUCUCAUCACCGCAAAAACCAGACAGCCUCAUUGUCGACAUGGUUGCUGCUCAAGGACACAUGUGGGUGAAGGUCAUUGCAAGGAAGGCUCAAGCUCUACACUUGGUGUGGGCAGGUCAAGGUCAGUUUGGUGAGCGAGAUCUCCUUCGUCAGGCAGACGACUACCUGGAUGUCAUUCAGCAUCAUCACCACCACUUCGUCGUGCCCGAGGUCCACUUCGCCUUCUACAACGGCGUCACACAGCCGAUGGCCUCAGCCCUCAGAGAAAGGGGCAUAACUGUGUGGGGCUGUGAGGUCACUGUGGAUGGUAGUGUACAAGAAAAACUGCUCAGUGUCUUUGCUGACAACUUCGAUAUAGACGAGUCAGAGGAAUCAAACUUGGAGGUGGAUUUGAAGAACAGUGGUGAUUUGGAAACAGAUGGAGACUUGGAAACAGAUGGAGCUUUGGAAACAGAUGGAGAUUUGGAAACAGAUGGAGCUUUGGAAACAGAUAGAGAUUUAGAAAUAGAUGGAGACUUGGAAACAGAUGGAGACUUGAAAACAGAUGGAGAUUUGGAAACAGAUGGAGCUUUGGAAACAGAUAGAGAUUUAGAAACAGAUGGAGACUAUGGAGACUUGGAAACAGAUGGAGACUUGGAAACAGAUGGAGACUUGGAAACAGAUGGAGAUUUAGAAACAGAUGGAGACUUGAAAACAGAUGGAGACUUGGAAACAGACGGAGACUUGGAAACAGACGGAGACUUAGAAACAGAUGGAGACUUGGAAACAGACUUGGAAACAGACGGAGACUUGGAAACAGACGGAAACUUGGGAACAGACGGAGACUUGGAAACAGACGGAGACUUGAAAACAGAUGGAGACUUGGAAACAGAUAGAGAUUUAGAAACAGAUAGAGACUUAGAAACAGAUGGAGAUUUGAAAAAGAAAAACACAGAAGUAUUUCUGAAUUUGAAAAAAAUGUGUUUGAAAGAAAAUUCAGGGGUGUAUAGUACAUGUAAUAUUAUCUCUUGUGAUAUUUCUUUGUCUCAACAUGCAUCAAACUGUGAUAUAAGUCUGUACAAAGAGAAAUCUGUUGACAGUAUUCAGUCUGACAAUCAUAUACAUGACUCUCCUCUGCACAAGCAGGUCCCAGGAUGCAAGUUUGUGAUCAUGGAACUGCUUAGUGAACUCCCUGAUUACAGCUGUCUGGACCAGUGUGGUAUGACGAUGAGGGAUGUGGACAGUAUUGAGCAGGUGAACCUGGACAUCACCACGCUCAUCACACUGGUGUCAAACGUCACGCAUGGCAGCUGGAACUGGAUCUUCCCCGAGAGGAUCCUCACCCUGCAGGCAGCUGAAGAACGGGAAAACCCUGCCAUGCCACACUUGGAGCAGUUCAUGAAAGGUAAGAAAUUAUUCGCCUGUGAAACGGCGAUAUCUGAUUUCUACACAAUUCUCAACACUCUUGGUGGAAAGCAGGAGAGAGUUCGAGCCACAAAGCUGCUGACACGCAUCACGGUUGUUAAGGACAACCCAUCAAAGCAAGCCAUUGCUCUCAGAAAACAUGGCAGAAUAAAGGACAGAUCAAAGGUGAUAUUUGGUACUGGAGACAACAUUGAAGCGGUUACCAUGACAGCAAACUCUGGCUUUGUGAGAGCAGCUGAAGGACAGGGUGUAUCUUUUGCUGUUUAUAUCCACCCAGCCCGAGCUCUCACUGAGGGGAAAGAAAAAACUGCAGUGUCAUUUGUAUGACUCUUGAGCAAGAAGAUUUUUUUAUUUUUUUAUUUUUUUAUUUUAUUUAUUGGCCCCAGAGCAAUAUGGCCAUGCCAAGGUUGAGCAAGAAGAGUUACCCAGUGUAUUACUAUGUUGUAUAUCUGAUUUAAAACAUAAGGAUUGUAUAUAAAAUUAUGCAUUUAUUACUUUGCUAUAAUGAGUUAUUUUAGGGAUAAUUAGGUUUAGAUUAAUAUGACCUUAGAAGGUUGACCUUUAUAGUUUUGUUAGAAAUUAAUUUGUCAGUCAUACCUGCACUUCUGUUAUACAUUAGAAAUUAAGACGACCUCAAAAAGUGGACUUUUAUUAUUUUGAUACAGAUGGUGUCAGAUUUAUAUGCAGUAUUCUUUACUUUAAAAUGACCACAUAGAGCUGUCUUUCUUAUUUUCUUACAGGUAUAUUUGUCCUAAUUAACAUUAUACUAAGUUGACAACAGAAGGUUGGUUUUAUUGGAGGUAAGUUUCCACUAUGUUUUAGUGUGUAAAGCCUUUGACUGUAAGUUUUUGUAAUUAUGGAUGGUCAACAUUCGAAGUUGUGCUAUAAAUACAUUCAAAUCUGAGUCAUGUAUACUUCCUUUUAUAGGUUGUACUAUACCAAAUAAAAUCCCAUAGGCGACCUAUGUUAACAUUUGUGUGUAAAAACACUACAUCAACCAAACUAUGACCCAUAAAUAUCAGUACUACAACCCUACCUCAAAGUAUUAACUGAAGAAAAUGGUACCUUUCAUGGCUCAUUUUAGGUAUAACCAGAUGU